UAAUGUUUUUGCCCCACAUCACAAAAUGGAGAUGAAAUGGAUAAUCAUUAUUAUUGCGUAAAUCAGCAACAAUUUAGCAAUGUGAUACUGUGCUCUUAAAAGUAAUUUACAUACUCGAAGCAGCGCGGCCAAUCAGGUGGCGCCUUGCCACAGACUCCGCCCUCCCGGUAGAAGAGAGCGCAUGUUGUUUCAGUAGAUGUACAGCAGGCCUGCUGUCAGUGUCACAAGUCACAUUUAACUCAUUCAAUCACGCACUAACGUAUGUGCUUUUCUUCAGUGGACACAUUUACUCUCUUUUAACGUCUAACUAUUGAAGACACGCAUACUUUGGAAGAAAAUACCAGAAGGUCGGUAUGAGUGGUGCUGGUGGCUCGCGGAGUCGCAAGGCUUCACAUAAAAAUGUCCCAUCAUCAGAACGGGACGACACAGGGACCGAGAGAACUGCAGGAGAGCCCUCCUGCCCCAAUAAUGGGACAGUGGAAGUGGAGCACAUUAUUAGCAGGAAACUAGAGUUGAAGAAGAAAGCUGAGCAUUUGAAAGCCAAUCUGAUGCGGCAGUUUGACGCUCAGGUGAAUGAGUUCAUAGACAGUCUGAUCGAGGAGUCUGCCAGUUUGAGCUCCUCACAUGUGAACACAGUGUUUCAGCUCUCAGAUAAGGAGAAAAGUAAACUCAGGCACACACAACAGUCUCAGGGCCAAAGUAAGCAGUUUGUGACUCGCCGGUCUCUGUUAGAUGAUCUGUUUGAGGUGAACCACAUCCGUACCAUCUAUCACAUGUUCAUCGCUCUCCUCAUCCUCUUCAUCUUUAGUACCCUCAUCGUGGACUUCAUCGACCAGGGCAGACUGGUGCUAGAGUUUGAUCUGUUAGUCUACGCAUUCGGCCAGUUCCCCCUAGUGGUCGUGACGUGGAUGGGUAUGUUCCUGUCUGUCCUCGUGGUUCCUUUCGUUCUUCUGAGUGGCUGGGCCAGUGUGUAUACAACGUCAAACCAUGGGACCCUGUGGACUGUGCUGGCUGGGUCCCUCCUGCUGCUGUAUCAGGGGUUGUGUUUGGGUUUUUUGCCCACAUAUGUGGUGCUGAAGAACAGCCUUCCCCCUGCAUCAUGCUUUAUUCUUAUUCUAGAGCAGGUGAGAUUGAUGAUGAAGACUCACUCCUUCGUCCGAGAAAACGUGCCAAGAGUACUAUCCUCAGCACGAACCAAAACAAAUUCGGUAGCUGUGCCUCAGCUGAACCAGUAUAUUUAUUUCCUCUUUGCACCCACCUUAAUAUACAGAGACAAUUAUCCGAGAAAUCCAUGUAUACGGUGGGGCUAUGUGGCUACAAAGUUUUUACAGGUUCUGGGCUGUUUGUUUUAUGCCUAUUAUGUAUUUGUGCGGCUGUGCAUUCCUCAGUUCCACAAUAUCAUCAUGCAGCUCUUUGACCUGAGGGUCAUGGUGUUGUGUGUCUUCAACUCUAUACUGCCAGGUGUGUUGGUGCUUUUACUGGCUUUCUUUGCCUUUCUGCACUGCUGGCUCAAUGCAUUCGCUGAGAUGCUGCGAUUUGGAGACAGGAUGUUUUACAAGGACUGGUGGAACUCCACUUCAUUUGCUAACUAUUACCGUACCUGGAAUGUUGUGGUUCACGAUUGGUUGUAUUACUACGUUUACAGGGACUUCAUGUGGAUGACACAAAAGCGUUUCCGUGCAGUGGCCAUGCUGUUCGUCUUCACUGUGUCUGCUGUGGUACACGAGUAUGUUUUGGCCAUCUGUUUUGGAUUCUUCUACCCUGUCCUCUUCUGCCUCUUCAUGUGCUUUGGAAUGGUGUUUAACUUCGUCCUUCAUGACCAGAGAAAAGGACCGAUCUGGAACGUAAUCAUGUGGACUUCACUGUUCCUCGGUCAGGGGGUUCUCAUCUGCCUCUAUUCUCAGGAGUGGUACGCACAGCGUUACUGCCCCAUAAAAGAGCCCUCUUUCAUAGACUUGUUAAAGCCUCGAUCCUGGACUUGUUAUCCACAGUCGAAUGCUGCUGUGGGUGCUAACUAAGCUACAUCCUCAUUUUUAUUGGAGGGAACGGAGAGGAGGUCAACCUGUUCUUCAACCUUGUUGAAAUGUGCCAUUACACUAUGACCAAAAUCCAAGACCAAAAAGUGACAAUCAUAUUGAACAAACCUGAAGACAACAUUAUAAAACGAGGCCUUUGUUUUUUUUAUCUGAAUUAAGAUCAUUUAUGAUAAUGUAAAUUAUAUAAAAUGUCUAGUUAGCAUUUGACAAUCUAUUGUAGCGUAUGACAGAGGUCAUAAGAUAACAUCAUUCAUGUGUUUUACUAUUUCACAUUUUAUUUCACUGCAUUCUUUGUUAUUGAUAGACUUUGAUAUUGUGCUGUUGAAUGUAGCCUAAUAUAUUUCAAAUACAGUAGACAAUACUGAGGUCAUAGACAUGACGGGUAUAGAUAAUAUACUUCACUUUUCUGGUUUUGGCGUGAACUAACAGAAAACCAAGCUGCUAAUUUUAGAACCCCAGCAAAUUCAUAAUUUAUGCCAAACUGCUUACCUUACACUCUUUUUUUAAUUAAAAGGGAUGUGAUGGGCCGUUUUAAAGAUCAGUAUUUAAGGUAUCCAGAAUUUCUUAACAUUAUCAUUUCUUAUUCAUAUUUCAACACUAUUUAACUUACAGUAGUUAUUGUUUGAUGAGUUUGACUAUUCUGGAAUAAGAUUUCUAUAUACAUGUAGCCUAUGGUAUGUAUUGCCGGUCUAUAGCAUUAGUGGGAGUUUUAUGAAAUACUAAAUUAUGAAAUGCUGUGAUUUAGGGCUUAUUUAUUGCGCAAUAUGAUGUAAUGUUUUUGGCUGCGUUAAGAUGUUGCAGCUGGCUGCACUCAUAUGAUCCAUGUUUUCAAGCACAGUCCCUUUACACUACUGGGACAUUACAGGUGACUUUUUUAUAAAAGUGCUCAUUUAGUUGUGAUUCAUUCAGAAUGUAAUUCGUUAAUGUAAUGGCGUUGGCAAAUAUUCUUUCCAGUUCAAAGGAAAAUUUCUGAUUUUCCGAAGUAUGUUUUCAAACAUGCACCUGCAAUAACUGUGAUGACCAACGGGUGGUGAUGGAGACUUGAAUGUUAGGCACAUGUCUUAGUGAUUUACAGUUUCUUUUUUCUUUGUGUGGCCUGUUUAUGUAAAUAGUCUGUUGUAAUUUUUAGAUUUUUUAGAUUAUUGUAAUUAAAUUGUACAAAUGAUAGAAUAAUAUAACAUGCCAUCAUUUUAAAAUGAGUUGUCUUGUGCAGUUGUAGUCACAACGUGCUCUGUAAUGGACAAAUAAACUAUUUU